ACUUCGCGAUAUGACAAAUCCAAAGGGUCGAGUUUAUUUUUAAUUGACGAAAUUGGACGCAACCCAAACAUGUCUGAGAGACGGGACCACGUCGUAAACGAGCUACACACGCAUACAAACGGUUUUCCGCCUCCGGUGCACGAGAUCCGCCUCGCGUGUGUGUCAACUUAAUUCUUCAAAGUCAAACGAUACACUCUGUAAAAAUAUAAUCAAAACAAAAACUGAAGCGCAUCUGAAACGAAUAAAGAAUAAAGCUGUGCGAAUGAUACUCGUGCCUGGACCCGUCAUCGCGUAAGUCUCAUCGCGUGACGAUGGAAGAACCAGAUUCGCGUAAAUCGAUGUCCUGUGGCAGGGAUGGACCCUAUUAUUCAACGCUGAAUCAACCAACUCUCGGCAGGUCUCCGUCAACCAGGUCCACACCAUGCAGAUCUACUUCACGCAGAUCUACCCCGGGUCGGUCUACAUCGGGAAGGUCUACCUCGGGAUGCAGCAGAUCUACAGACAGGUCGAUGACGCCAGAACCACCGCCCGUUCCACCAGCCACUUAUCACUGGGAGGAAGUGAGGAGAAAACGGUCGGUGGGUGGAUAUCCAUGGACACAUCUCAACAAGCCACCAUUCGAUGAAAAGACUUGGAUGAAGUAUGAAAGGGAUCACGUAUACGAACCUGUCACGCCAACAGUUAGCGCUGACCGUAUGACUCCGCCCGUCGUGAAUCCGAAAAAGGAUGAUAGUCGUCAUUUUUUACGCAUACCGUUGACGGAAGAACUCGUAAUGGCCGACGACACGGGUUCGGAACCUGAAAGCGAUCAACAACAACAACGACAACUACGAUUAGCCAGAGAAGAAGAAGAUGACGAAGAUAAUGACAACAACAAUGAUGAAGAAGAUGAUGACGAAGAGGACAAUGAUGACGAUGACGAAGACGGAAAUGUUGAUAAAAAAGAUGUACGAUCCGAAGAAUCAAUUUAUGAGGGUGAGAACGAAAACUCAUCUGUGGGUGAUGUGGAGUCAAGUAACACACGUAUGAAAGUGUUCCAACAAAAAGUUAAAGUCAAAGCAGACAUACUACGUACUAAGUUGCAAGGAGUAACUAAACGAAAACCUAAGCAAAAAAUAGUCGUAGAUACACCCAACGGUGAAAAGUCCCGCCGAAAAUUCGGCCAGUUCGCCACUUUGCCAAAAAAGUUCACAUUCAACGCACCUAAAGUGAACUUUUCUACGGCCUUUGGGCACUUUUCUCGAAGAUCUGUGGACCCGAAUGAAUCUAGCACGGAUGAGACAAAGAGUGUCCGAGAUGAGACGAAAAGUGGUCGGUUCUCUUUACCACGUUUUAGUUUAUCUAGAACGACAUCGGAAUCUCCGAAACCGUCAAAAUCCGUGAAAAUCGGUGGUUCCCGACUGUCUAUACCGAGUUUGCGGGGGCGUACUUGGUCGGACGCAUCAAAAAUAUCGAAACCGGACAGUCCGAAACCUCGGAUAAUGGAUUUCGGCACAUACCCAAGGAUAUUUUCGAAACGUAGGAAAACAAACGCGACGAACAAAGCAAAGACGCCACCACCAUCCUCCGACGGAGGAGAAUCAGAACAGAACAAUUACAAACGAAAAGAUUCUUUCCACCGGCGUUUCUUUCGAUCACACAAAGAGUCGACGCCAGCUCCAACGGAAGAACAGACUGCCACGCUGGCUGUGGAAGAAGAGUUAGAUGAGCCUCCAUUACAGGUAUCCAAGGAAUCGUUGGCAGAAUUUGGCGACAGCGAUCUACAGGAGGUGAUAUCGCUGAGCGACGACUGUCGAUCGAAGGACACGAAAAGUUUGUCCGAACACCGAUCGGGCGUGAUUGAGGAAAUUGAUUCUGACGAGUUUUUCCUACGCGAGAAAGGUCUAAGUCGAGGUGACGUGCACAUCAGUAAUUACUUGUCGUCGGAAAUCAGAGACGUUUUCCGGUCGAAUCGGACACGGUCCGUGGAAGGCGUUAACAAUAACGAUAACGGUGCGAUUGCAAGAAACAAUCAUGAAUCAAGUAAUGGCAUCUCCACGCCGGUGAGACCGUCGCGGACCAAUUCGCUGAGAAGGCCUAACCGGCAUACUACAACUGAUGCGAACACUGAGCGAUCUUAUGUCGCUGAUCGGUUCAGCACGAUGCCGAAAUCGUUCGGUGGCACCAGGCCAUUGAAGAAAGAUGUGGAAGACUAUACUCCCGAGAACAUCAUCACCAGUCAGACGUUUGAACCGUCACAGAAUCCAAUACUACCAUCUGGAGUGCCCUGGAGGACCUCCGUCAGGCAGACGACUGCUGCUACCGUCACACAAAUGCCACCAAAACCACCAACCAGACAACGCAUGGCCAAGUUUUCCACGUUUGACACGCGGUCGAUGAUUGAUUUGUCCAGAAAGAGAAGCCAGUCACAAAUCGGGUUCCAGCCGUCAAUGAACUUUUCAGACACCGUGCCAAAAGCUCCAAUGCGUCGGUCCAGGACUUCGUUGGCCGGUUCCGACCGCGACAUUUCGUCGACGGUAACCGACAACGGCGGUCGGCCCUCGUGGGCAGUAAACGGAGGCGGCAGUACAGGAGCGCCUACACCACCGCUUCGCCGUUCGCGGAUGUCGCUGACGUCGGAAGCGGACGUCGAAGAGCGGUUUGCGACAGUAAUGCAUUCGGUCAACGGUACUGCAGGGCCCGCGAGGUCCACGGGCUCGACGCCUCCGCGACCCCCUCCGCCGCAAUUGACGGCAACCGCGGCAUCGGCCGCGGUCGUCGGUUACGCGACGGUGGACAAAUCGUCGCCGUCCUCUGCAGCGUCGCUCCUGUUACCGCCACAGUCGCCGGCACGUCACAGGAGGAAGAAAUCGUACGACGUUAUCAAAAGUCAAGAGUUCGGAGCGUUUUUCACCAUACCGAGAUCGUACAGCUAUUCCGACAGAAAUGCAAAGCCGCCCGCGGAUGCGGACAACGGUUGCAGCACCGCUAAACUGCCUCCGCCGUCCAGACCGGCACGAGCCUACAACACCCUGGGACCGUCUCGACCGCUUCGGCGACGGUUGCCGGUCCGCGAACACGAGUACGGCGACGUGGCCGACGACGGCAGUGGCGUCCAUCACGACGACAGCAAAGGCGACGGCGCAGACAGAAUCGACGGAACGGCCAAAGCUGCGGCCACGUUGUGCUCGGGCGACGUGAUCGAAAAGAUGAAACUUCGGCCGUUGCCGUCACCACCGCCGCCACCUCGCAAGUCGAGACCGGCCGACGACGCUGUUAACACGCCCGAACCUCACCGGCGCAGGAACACCGAUUCGGCCUUGGUUCCUUUUUUAGAUCGGCGAGAAACGUCUGUAACAUCGUCUAACGAUUUUUUUGCCGACGUUUCUCGCGCUCUGCUAGCGUCUGCCGCCCAAAACACCGUUUCCGCCACCGACGACGUGUCCGUGGCCGUUCAGACCGACCCGUCGCCAGCCGAUUACGCGUCGGACGACCACGACGACGACGGGUCUUGCUGUUCGACCGAGUCGGACGACGGUCGGGCGACAAAGUCCGGAGGAUCGACGACUCGACGACACGUCUCUCCGAACACGCUGCAGACCUGCACCGCCGCGGCCGCCCCCGUCGACCGACCCAGAUCCCGAACGUCGUCCCAGGUCACCGAGUACGUGGACCGACCGACGUCCGGUAUGUCGGUAACCGCGGAAGACGACUGUAACUGCAACGGUUACGCGAUGGUGUCCGAAACGGCCUCUGCGGCCAACGGUGUCGCCGCAGUGCGAGCGCAACGCAUAACCGUCGAAGAGCUACAAGUGGGCAGGAUGAUCGUGGCCGACAUACUCGGGCAGCGAAUGGCCGUCGACGACGUGUCCGGAUCGAGUCUAAAAAUCGCUCAGUUCGCCACUGCGGCGGUACAGCAUCCGUCUCUGCAACAGCUGCAACAGAACGCCGCUACAGCAGCCGCCGUUCAAGCGGCGUCGCGUGCGGCCGACGACCUCGUCGCGACGCAUCACGUGCCGCCGCAAUUGCAGGACGACAACGCGUCGGUUCAGUCUUCGCGCGUGUCUUCCAUGUACCCGGAAGUGGAUUCGGAUGAAGAUCGGGCCAGCGUGUUGGCCGCUCCCACGCCACCGCGUCGACGCAGCAAACCUCCGUCCUCGCCGCGUUCGACCGCCAACGCCGACCACCACGACCGCGGCAAAAAUGGCAGACUACCCGUCGGCGCUGUCGAUCUGUCCGCCGCCGACCCGUCCAUCACCGAACUCAGCUGUCAGCUGUUCCGGUUGUGUCACUCGAACGUGUGCAGUCUGUUCACCAAAGUUGUCCAGCAAGUGGUCCCGGAGGACACGGAGAAGCGGCGCGACCUGCAGGCCGCCCUGUGCUUCCUGAGCAUCAUACUCGCCGGUCUGCUGAUCUUGGGGUUCGGCAACGAGAAGACCAUACACCAUCACCAUUGGGAUUUUCAAUUCCCUCCCAAUCAGUAGCCACACCCCACCCAUAUUAUCGUGGGUUGUUGCGGCACUGUUGUUAUUGUUAUUGUUGCUAACCGUUCGUUGUUUCUUUAAGUUUUGCAUUUCGAUAUUUUAAUAUUCAAUUGUAUAGCAUGAUUGUUAAAAAACAUGUUUACCCUAUACCUAGUAUACCUACAUAUAAAACAACAGUCGUUCCUGUCAUUGUCAAUUUUUAGAGCUUAAAUUCAAAACACCUAACACUAUACGUAUAUACGAUUAUACGAUUUUCGUUUGUGUCCCUAACUUUUCCUUACAAUUUUGUUUUACACGAUUUUUUUUCUAAAAUAUUUUUGAAACGCAUUGUUGUUUUAUUUAGAAACGUCGUUGAUUAUAAUCCAAUCAAUGGAAACGUUAUAUUUGCUGUUUUUCAUAUCGUUCGUAUAAAUCGUUUACAAUCAUUGGCCGUUAUAUUAAAUAACGGCGAUUAAAACACAAAUAUUAUAUAUAGGUACGUAGGUACAUCAAUAACUUCGUUAAAAAUUAUUUAAUAAUCGAUUAAAAUGUUUAAUGAUAUUCCGCUAUUUUAUGUUUAACAGGGUAAAGCAAAGUGAAUUAAAAACACUCUGGAUUAUCCUAAAUUUCUAGACUAGGAUAUACCUAUUAUACAUAGAUCAUAGUUAUAGGUUUGAGUAGAAAUGGCGAAAUUAGGUAACUAUUAAGAUUUAUUACUAGUAAGUAUUAUUAGACGCAAUUUACUGUUGUCUAUAGUCUCAACAGUGGCGUCUAACAUAAUAUGAAAUCACAAAUUGCCAACUAAAAUACUAAAUACAAUAAGUAUGAUCAGAUGACUAAAUUUCUUUAACUUGAUUAUAAGCCAUGUGAGGUACCCUUUAGGUACCAAAUCAUCAAACAUCCAAUUUAAGUCAUUAGACACUUCCGGCAUAGAUCUUAGUUUAUUUAUUAAAUGUUUUGUUUCAUUAAGGCUUUAUAAGUAGAUAAAUGCAAAACUAUGAUUAUAAUUUUUAAUUUGUAUGGUUAUCUACAGAAUAGAUAUUGUCUAGAAUCUAGAUUAAAAAUCUCCACUUCUGAGUAAAUAACUGAAAUCUCAAAGUUGUGUUUUUUUUAUUAUAACCCAUGUGUUUGUGGUAACUACAAAUUUUGUUACACAAUUUAUUUUGUGUCAUAAUUACUAAAUUAAUUUUUCAAGUUAACAAUAAAUUAAUUUACAGAACACAUCAGUAAUAUAUUUUUUUUAAUAAACAAUUUAUAAAAAUUACAUAAACAUAUUAUUUUUAGCACUCAGUCAUAAAAAAAAAAUAUCUAUUAUAUAAUUAAAAUUUAAAAUAAAUAAAAAUAACUUAUUAAAAUAAAUCAUCAUAUGUCACCAGUGAACGAUCAUCUCGUUGAUUUCCCUUUUGAGAUUUAUUAGUAGCUAGAAUUAAAAAAUAGUAAACAUUAGUUUUGAUAAUUAAAAACUGUACAUCUAAAUUAAUAUGUUAUAAACAUUUUAGUUAUCAGUUUAUAAUUUCUGAAUAAAAGAAUAUUUUCACCAUGGGUUUAAAUUUAACUCACUUUUAGGUUGAAUUAUUUUAGCUGAAUUCAAGGAGAGAUUAGCCUAAGAGCUACAUGUUAAGAAUUAUUAUGAUAUUAAAUAUUAUCUGAUAUUCAAACAUUUUUAAAUAAAAUAAUUGUUGCACAACUGAAAUAUGUAAUAAUAUCUACAAACUAUAUUUAUGUAUUAAGGUUCAAAAAUUAUAAUAUUUUAUGUAUCGAUUAUUAUAAUAUAAUAAUGUUAUAAUAAUUCACAACUAAUUCAUUAUUAUAUUAUGUAUUUUAUCAAUUAUUUAUUUUUAUGAAUUUAAUAAAAGUGAAAAAAAAUACUUAAA